UUGUAAACAAAUAAGUGAAAAUAUUGUUUGUUGAAAAACAUUAAUUUGUGUGUGGUUUCAACCAUGAUUGAUGAACUAUAAUAUUAUAAACAAUACGUAUUGUCCGUGCAGUUAUACCAUCAGCAAAAGUUAAGUCCAUUACACAUUAGCACUAUACAAUGGAGUACCUGACAGGUCUGUCUCAGAAGGAAAACGUCCGCGCCUCCUGCAAGAAGUGUGGCUUUCCCGGUCACCUCACCUACCAAUGUCGAAACUAUCUCACGGUUGAUGCGCAAAGUCAGUCCGUUGUGCCCAGCCAGCAGAGGCCGGGCAGUGAAUCGCCCGAGCAAAGCUAUCUCACCCCACUCCAGGAGCUCCGUCAGCAGGAGGAAGAGGAGGAAAGACGAAAGGCCGAGAAGCUGGAGCGGAAAGAGCGGUCCCGCCGUGCCAAGGAGUCACGAAAGGAGAAAAGGAAGCGUAAACACAGACACCGUACGAGGUCACGGUCGCGCUCGACCAGCAGUACAGAGGACAGCGAAUUGGACAGCAGCGAUAACGACCGGCGUAGGAGGAAAAGUAAAAAACGCGAGAUCAAGAAGAAACUCAAAAAGAAGCGCAAAAGUUCGAAAAAAGGCAAGCGUCGCAAUUCGGAAAGUACCUCCGACGGUGACGAUUAGUAUUUAGGACAUUUAGGAAACCCAUAACAUUUCGCAACAUUUUAUUAAAACAUAAUAAAUCGGAAAGACAUUUGAUAAAACCGUAAAACUGACACGGGAAUGUUUC